AUGGGUUGUGUUGGAUCCAGUUCACGUUCCAAUGGACAAGGUGGGCGUAGAUUGCGAAAACCAAAGCCUUGGAACCAUACAGAGCCACUAACGAAUGAACAACUUGAACAGAUGCGUGAAGAAUUCUGGGACACUGCUCCUUAUUAUAAUGGCAAACAAGAGAUAUGGGAAGCUCUUAGAGCUGCGACUGAACAUCUUGAAGAAAAUAUAGAAUUCGCCCAAACAAUUAUCGAUAGCGCAGGCAUUAUCGUUCAAUCUUCAGACAUGACCAUUUGUUACGACGAGAGAGGUGCUAAGUAUGAAUUGCCUAAGUAUGUUGUGAGUGUGCCAUCGAACAUGAUCCAAAAUGUAGAUAAUGAGCAGAGUGAUGCAUGAUUAAUUAAGAAUGUAAAUUGCUUAAACUAUAUUUCUCUAGUUAGUAC